GGCUUUGCCCUUCUUGCUCUGCUCCACCUUUCCUAGUCUGUCCAAGUGCCAAUCACGACGACACGUCGGUCCCUAAUGGCGAAUACGUUAACUACCUCUGGCUCCUUCUCCUUACACAAUCCCGAAAGUCAGGUUGACCCCUCCCAGGCCUUCGAGUCCGAAGCUUGCCCUUCGCCGGUCCUUAGACCCCUGCCCCUUCUGUCUCUUAUUUCGCGCCAUUUUUUUAGGCUCGGAGGGGGUGGAGUUGCAUCGACUGCGCCACCGUUGCCGAGACGACGCCUUAGUUACUUCCGUUGGUUUCAAUACUUCCGGGUUGGCUUUGCGGUGGCGUUUCCGACUGUGGGAGCCUCGGCUUCCCAGUCGUCCGAUGAGCCCGAGCAGCACCAGAAAAGUGCCACUGUAAGCCAUGAGAUGUCUGGUCUGAAUUGGAAACCCUUUGUGUAUGGCGGCCUUGCCUCUAUUGUUGCCGAGUUUGGAACUUUUCCUGUGGACCUUACCAAAACACGACUUCAAGUCCAAGGCCAAAGCAUUGAUGUUCGUUUCAAAGAGAUAAAGUAUAGAGGGAUGUUUCAUGCCUUGUUUCGAAUCUAUAAAGAAGAAGGUAUAUUGGCUCUGUAUUCAGGAAUCGCUCCUGCUUUACUAAGACAGGCAUCAUAUGGCACCAUUAAAAUUGGGAUUUACCAAAGCUUGAAGAGAUUAUUUGUAGAACGUUUAGAAGAUGAAACUCUUCUAAUUAAUAUGAUCUGUGGAGUAGUGUCAGGAGUGAUAUCUUCUGCAAUAGCCAAUCCCACCGAUGUGCUAAAGAUCCGAAUGCAGGCUCAAGGAAGCUUGUUCCAAGGGAGCAUGAUUGGCAGUUUCAUUGACAUAUAUCAACAAGAAGGCACUAGGGGUCUGUGGAGGGGUGUGGUGCCAACUGCUCAGCGUGCGGCCAUCGUUGUGGGAGUAGAGCUGCCAGUCUAUGAUAUUACCAAGAAACACUUGAUAUUGUCAGGAAUGAUGGGAGAUACAAUUUUAACUCAUUUUAUUUCCAGCUUCACUUGUGGCUUGGCUGGGGCUCUGGCCUCCAAUCCAGUUGAUGUGGUACGAACUCGCAUGAUGAACCAGAGGGCGAUUGUGGGACACGUGGACCUCUAUAAGGGUACUUUGGACGGUAUUUUGAAGAUGUGGAAACAUGAAGGGUUUUUUGCACUCUAUAAAGGAUUUUGGCCAAACUGGCUUCGACUUGGACCCUGGAACAUCAUUUUUUUUAUUACAUACGAGCAGCUCAAGAGGCUUCAAAUCUGAGGACUGAGUCCCACGUGAGCCCAGCCCUUCCAGCCUUUCUACUGUUUUCUUUCUCUGUGUUCUAAUGUAUUUUGACAAAACUGUAAGAGUUUACUGAACCACUGAUCUCCCAAGGACCUCCUGAUAGAAGAACAAUAGGAUGGUCCAAAGUUGUGUAUGUGUUUGUGUUACCAUGUUAACUUCUCCCACAGAGGAAUUGUUAACAUUGAAAUUCUGGCCCCAGAUUGGUAUCUUCUGUGAAGAUGGAUACUGAUGGGUGACAUUCAAAAUUGCCUUCUUUCCAAAUGUGGGUUAAAUGGAGUUGGUGAGCCCCAAACUUGGGCUAGAGCAGAAGGCAUAGGCCAGGGCAGUUAUUGCCAUGUAUGUUGUGGACCUCAGUUCUCAUUAAAGUAUUUAUUGGCAUCA